AUGCCAUCGGCUACUGACUCGAAGAAGUCCAUUAUUGGACUUAGAAUAGGCCAAAGUUAUUCUAGUAUUGCUAUAAUUAACAAGGAUGGUAGGGCGGAUUGUAUAGCUAACGAAGAUGGUGAACGGCAAAUACCAACACUGGUUGCAUUUGCAGGUGAAGAAGAGCUUGCAGGAACUCAGGCAAAAACUCAAUUGCUAAGUAAUUCUAAAAAUACUGUUUCGCAAUUCCGUAAUUUUAUCGGAAAAAGCUUUGUAGAAUGUAAUUCUUCCAUAAUAAAAGGAACUGCUAAAUUAGUUGACAAGGAUGGCGUACCAGCAUAUUCUGUAGAAUUUAAGAAUAAAGAAUUAAUCUUCACUGUUCAAGAAAUUACUGUAAAAUAUAUCACAAGUCUUCGUGAAAGUGCCGAAAAUUUUCUGGGUCACCCUGUCGCUGGCACUGUUCUUGCCAUUCCUACUUACUUUACUGAAUCUCAGCGUUUGGCCUUGAAAGAUGCUACUGAAAAAGCUGGAUUACGUGUUUUACAAUUGAUCAAUGAACCUACAGCCGCUGCAUUGGCCUAUGAAUCGGACCAGAAGUCUGUAGAAUCUAAUAGUGUUCUACAGAAUGAUAAAAUUGUUUUAAUACUUGAUUUGGGUUCUGAUAGUCUUGAUGUUACGAUAAUGUCUAUUCGCUCAGGCAUGUUUACUAUACUGGGCACCACCCAUGAUCCUGAUGUCGGUGGUGCUUCUUUUGAUGACCUUCUUGUGAAUCAUUUUACGAACGAAUUCAAACGUAAAACGCAGAUUGACAUUUCAUUGAAUAAACGUGCCUUGGUCAAAUUGAGAAAUGCUGUCGAAAUUACAAAAAAGACUUUAUCUAGUAGUUCAACUUCUCCAUGUUCGGUAGAGUCAUUGGCUGAUGGCAUAGAUUUCCAUGGAUCAAUCAAUAGAACUAGAUUUGAGAUCAUGUCAAACAAACUUUUUACGAGGAUCUUAGAUGUUAUUUCUAUUGCUUUAAAGGAAAAUAAUUUGGAUUCUCAAUUAAUUGAUGAGGUUAUCUUAGUGGGUGGUGCUUCUCGAAUUCCAAAACUCCAAUCAAAGCUUCAGGAUACAUUUAAGAAUACAGCUGCUGUUAUUCGUCAAGAUUUUGAACCUGAUGAAGUUGUGGCCUAUGGAUGUGCAUUUCAAGGCGAUUUAAUUAGUGCUCUAGAUGAUCAAAUGAUUGCUGAUAGCAUUGACCCCUCGAUCACCCUUGUUCCUCAUCUAUUGAAACCUAUAGGUGUACUUACUUCCGAAAAAGAAUUUGUGGUCAUGAUACCAGAAAAUACUCCCCUUCCUACUCGUCGGAUUUUUCAUUUCUCAAAUAUGAUUGAUGAUCAAAAAAAUAUUUAUAUUGCAAUAUGGGAAGGUGCUCACAAUAUAGCUUCUAAGCCUUUACUACAAACUACUAAUAAUUUGGAUAAUGAUUCAAAUAUAAAUGUUUCUUUACAAGAAAAACCUCUUCCCUCCCCAGUAACAUUGUUAGCAGAAUUGGUGUUAACCGAUUUACCUGAGAAAAAAAUGAAUGAGCUCAAGGUUGAAAUUACAAUAGAAGUAGAUAUUAAUCAAAAAUGUAUCAUUUUAGCAAAAGAACUGUUAUCGAAUAAGUUGGUAGAACUAGAAAUUCAAAUUACACAGUAA